AUGACGACGAAGACACCAAAUCUAGAGUGCCGGAUGUACGAAGCCAAGUACCCAGAAGUAGACAUGGCAGUAAUGAUCCAGGCCAAAUCCACUGCCGACGAGGUAGCCUACGUGUCGCUCCUCGAGUACAACAACACCGAAGGCAUGAUCCAGAAAACCGAGCUCUCCCGCCGUUUUAUCCGAAGAAGUAUCAACAGCUUGAUCAAGGUCGGGAAAAUCGAGCCCCUCAUUGUCCUGAGUGUCGACAAGGAGAGGGGUUACAUUAAUCUGACCAAACGUAAAGGUAAGGUUACCGAGGAGGAUAUUCAGACUUGUGAAGAGAGGUAUAACAAGAGCAAGCUCGUUCAUUCUAUCAUGCGCCAUGUUGCUGAGACUCUUUCUCUCGAUUUGGAGGACUUGUAUGUGAACAUUGGUUGGCCUUUGUACCGAAAGUAUGGUCAUGCUUUUGAGGCCUUUAAGGUCUUGGUGACUGAUCCUGAUUCAGUGUUGGGUUCACUCACCCGUGAGAUCAAAGAAGUUGGUCCUGAUGGGCAGGAGGUGACUAAAGUUGUACCUGCUGUUACGCAACAAGUGAAAGAAGCACUUGUGAAACACAUUAGGAGGAGAAUGACACAACAACCAAUGAAAAUCCGUGCUUAUAUCGAGUUGACAUGUUUUCAUUUGGACGGAGUUGUUCACAUCAAGGUCGUAAAACCUGUAUUAAUUGGAUCAUCUAUAAUCUCUUUUUUUUUUUCUCACACAUGUUUGCUAUUUCAGGAGGCCAUGAGAAAAGCUGAAGCUGCUGGAAACGAUGACUGUCCUGUUAAGAUUAAAUUGGUUGCUUCACCUCUGUAUGUCCUUACUACUCAUACUCUUGACAAGGAUCAAGGGAUUAAAAUUCUAGAUGAGGCCAUAGUAGCUUGCACUGAGACAAUUAAGGAACACGGAGGCAAGCUCGUCGUUAAGGAGGCACCUAGAGCUGUGAGUGAAAGAGAUGAUAAUUUGGACAAUGAAGAAAUUAGCGGAGAUGAAGAAAGUGAAGAAGAAGAGGACACAGGGAUGGGGGAUGUUGAUAUCAAUGGUGGCGCUGCAUAG